GGCAAAGAUUACAAAUGUUCAAUUAAAUAAAACAUCACAUUUGCUUAAAUUUUUUAUUGGACCUUUUUUUAUAUGGACAAAAAUCUAUAGUUGGGGGAGUUCUGCGAUGGUGGUGGUACCUCACUCCGUGGAGGGGAGGAAUUGAAAUCAUGAUCAUGAGACGUAUACGUGAUAGCAGUAGCGUCUGCUGAGCGAAGGUCACCUUCGAGUGCUGACCCUUCGUUCAUUUAAUUCAUUGUGUUUGAUGGAUUGAGACGUUCUUCCGGGUAAACCAAAUGGCUUCGGAGGUCCUUUGUCGGCACGUCCUCAAUAGGAUCUUGGACAGGGGUACAGUCGGUGUGACAUGCUACCGGUAUCUAACUUCUGGUGAAGUUGCCACCGCUCUCAGGCCGUUCUACUUCUCGGUGCAUCCAGACCUAUUCGGCAAGUUUCCGACUGAAAGGGCAACAAAUGAAAAUUCACUUCAAGUAUUAAGUUCCUACAUCCAGACUUUACAGCAGAAUCGGCCACCAAGGCCUGCGACCCUAAAAUUUUAUCUAAGACCUCAGGGAGUCACUCUUGAUAAAGAGAGUAUAAAACCUGUAGAUAUAAAGUUAGUACAAAAGGACCUGAGGAAGACAGUGGUCUCAAUAUUGUCAACAUGCAAUCUACCUACUACAUAUGUAGACAACAUUGCGCCAGCACUCAACCCCUCCUCUUCAAGGUACCACAUGAAUGAAGCCUUUAGACAGCGUGUUUACUAUUACGAACAUGACCUAAGGAAGGAAAUGGGGUUCCAGAUGGAAGAGGAGAUUGAGAUGGCAAAGGGUGCCGAAACACUCUUAACUUGGCUUUCUAAAAAUGUCGAUUCAGCCAAAGAAAAGCUAGCACGCUGCAAACCCGUGCGGGAGGAUGUGCAACGACUUCAAGAUUCCCUUUGUUCUGACUUUGGAAUUAAGGAAGUGAGGUGGGAAUGCGGUUGGAACAUAACGCACUUUAGGGGUUGCUUGCAGUCAUUCCAAACACUUGCUGAACAUCACAUGGAUGCCAUGUCAGUCCUAAAAGGGAGAACAUUAGUUUUUGGAAAUGAUACAGGCUUGAGCCUAGAAGGCCACGUUUUGCUGAACAGUGGUGAAGUCAGAAACAAUUGGCUAGAUUUUAUAAAAAAUGUCGUAUAUAAAAGGGAUGCUGCUCUCCUGACAGUUCCGAGGUUUGAAAAAGCUUUAUCCAGGGUAUUAAGGGAUAUUCAAGUCGUCAAGAGAAAAUUCCAGGCGAAAACGAUGGUGAACCAGUACGAAAAUAAUUUAAGAAGGUUGACAACAUCCUUAAGCGAUUGCCAAGGGCGUGGAGGGUAUCCAAAGCACUGGCCAGAAAGCUUAUCAGACUUUGAAUUGGUUGUAGAAACAGAGGCUGGUCCUUUAAUGUUAUCACCUAUGGGUCAGUUUAUCGUACCUUGUUCUUGCCCUUCUACACUCCUUGUCAAUUUUAUAACCGACAACAUGAAAGAGGCCACUCGGCUUUUGCAACAGUACAAAGAACAAAAACAGGUGGAAAAAGAUCUCUAUGAACAAUGCCUUUCUGAUUUUAAGCUUAUUGCUUUUGACAAAGACGAUUCCAUCACACCAGAUCCCAUGAUUUCCUGCUGUAAAAGACUUUUGGGAAAUAGACAUCACUUGAAGCAACACUUAAGCGGUGUUAGUUUGACAAUUACUAAUUAUUAUUCUGUGAUGUCCGACGGACAAAUGUGUAUCCCUUGGAACUGGAAAUUAUGAAUGUCACUUGAUCAAAUGUUCGACCAGUAUCAUAUUAUAAAAAAUUUAAACCAUA